AGAAUAACAAAGAAGAAAGAGAGAAGAUCAUCGACGACCCUAGCCCCCCACCCACCCUACCCCAAUCUAUGGGUACCCACGUUUUCUUUUCCCAAUUGAAAUCAACCCUUUUUGUUCAAAUUUCAAUUUUCCUAAUUCGCAGGUUUAUGUUGUCUUCAGUUACCAUUUAACAACUUGUGUUUUUGUUAGGAAAAUGGACGUAAAUUCAAUGUGUUCAUCAUCAUAAGGUGUUUGUAGCAUGCACUAGUUGAUCCAGUUACGUUGUGUGUUGAGCUAUAAGGAGUUGCUUUGAGGAAAUAAUGGCAAAUGAAGUGGUGAAAGUGAAGAGAGAUACAAUUGCAGCAUGCGUAACAUGCCCUCUUUGUCAUAAGCUAUUUAGAGAUGCUACUACUGUUUCCGAAUGUCUUCAUACCUGAAAUGCAUCUAUAAGAAGCUCUCUGAUGAAGAAACAGAAUGCUGUCCGAUAUGCAAUAUCGACUUGGGUUGUGUUCCAUUAGAGAAAUUGAGGCCAGAUCAUAAUCUGCAAGAUCUAAGAGCAAAGAUAUUACCUUACAAGAGGCAAAAGGUGCAGGCACCUGAAGUUGUGCCUUCAGUUACCCCUCCAAUCAGGAGAAAAGAGAGAUCACUAUCAUCACUAGUGGUCAGCACUCCAAGAGUAUCAACACAGACUGGAACAACAGGAAGAAGAUCAAAAUCAGUGGCAAGAAAAGCAUUACGAGGCUCCACAUUUCCUGUCGAGAAACCUGCCAAGAAAGAGGAAAAUUCUGGAGAAGAUCAGCUGGAUAGCUCUAGUUCACCUGAGACUUUGAACAAGUUUACUCAGAACAUUAGGCAGAAUUCUUCCAGUGCUGAGCUAUCUGGCCAACCCACACCUGAUAACGAAACAGAGAAUGGCACGGACCAGUGGGAAGGUAAAGUUGAUUUAUGGAAACCUUUGAACUGUUUGGUGGAAGUAGCGAAUCGGAGCAAGUCUGCGAAGUUUACUUCCCAAGGUUCUACUGCCAAAUCAGAAUGUCUGGAUUCCCAUGACAAUGAGGCCCAUGUCCGUAAAACUAAAGUUAAAAAACAUGGACUGAAAAUCAAAGUCCACAAUGACAAGAAUAACAGUGGACCUGCUCAGUUGGAGUCAGAUAAACCUAAAAAGAUCCGGAGGAAUAGGCAAAAGAAGGCAUCAGAAUUUGAAGGAUUUAGUAUUUCACCUCAAACUGUGCUGGAUGCAAUGGCUACCAAGUGUGAAAGGAGGAAUAAUCCAAUUUGGUUCUCAUUAGUGGCCUCUGAAGAUCAGGAGGGAGAUGCACCUUUGCCCCAGAUUUCUGCAAGUUACUUGAGAAUAAAGGAUGGCAAUAUUCCUGUUUCUUUCAUCCAAAAGUAUCUGAUGAGGAAGUUAGAUCUUAUGAGCGAAGAUGAGGUUGAAAUUAGAUGUAUGGGUCAGUUGAUACUCCCCACUUUACAACUGAAUACUUUGGUAGAUAUGUGGCUUGAAACUACUUCAUCAGAAAAAGUACCAGCUAUAACUGGUUCAUCAGCUAAGGACUUUGUGAUGGUGCUCGUUUAUGCUCGUAAGGUCCUGGGCCAUCAAGCUUCUUGAGUUAUUCGUUCUGCCUUCAAUAAUCCAUGUAAUAUCCGGCGUAAGUUGAAGUAUCAGCAGCAAAUGAGUAAUUGCAUACUGGAAGUAAGAACAACUCAAGCCUGGUUUUUCCUGCACUCAGCGGAGUUACUUUGUGUUUCUCCGAAGUUGUAUGAUUGUACACUACCUUGUACUAUCAUAAGGGAUGAAUUUUGAGAGUUUUGUUGACUGCCAAGAUUCAUGGUAGCAUGUACUUAAGUCAAACUACUAAGUUUUUUUUCUCAGUUUGCCCCUUGUUGUAUGGGGCUUUUCUGUUGCAUGGGAAGAAUAGGUAGUGGGGAUGAUUUCACAAUUUGGAAAGUGCAACAAGUUAGAUAGUAGAGAUUCAUUUCAAGUGAAAGUUUAUGACUUUGCAUUGCCCUUUUGUAUUUGUUUUUGCUCCAUACUGUUGGAAAUAUUAACAAUAUUAAUCAGUAAAACAA